GCGCGGGCGGGGCCGGGCACUCGCGCACCUCCGCCGGGACCCGGGGCGUGGGGCGGGCUGAGCAGCGCCUGCGCGAGGGGGCGCCGUGGUCCCGCGCGCAGCACCUGCGCCUCCCCGCAGCCCUGCCCCCAGCUUGGGGGGCCCACCGCCCGCGGAUCCAAGUCUCGCGGUGCUACGGCGGGACCCGCGCCCCCCGGCGCGCGACAAAGGCGGGACCCGGAGAGGCGGCGGCGCGAGGCCGCGGAGCUGCCGGCCUUUGUGUGGUGCGCGGGCCGCGCUCGCCCGGGCUCCGCGCGCAGGGCCUCCUCGUCCUCCUGCGACAUGGCCACCCCGGCGGCCGUCAACCCUCCGGAAAUGGCCUCGGACAUCCCCGGCUCGGUGUCGCUGCCCGUGGCGCCCAUGGCGGCCUCCGGACAGGUGCGGAUGGCGGGGGCCAUGCCCGCCCGCGGAGGAAAGCGGCGUUCCGGAAUUGACUUCGACGACGAAGACGGAGAAGGUCCCAGCAAAUUCUCAAGAGAGAACCACAGUGAGAUCGAGCGGCGCCGGCGGAACAAGAUGACCCAGUACAUCACCGAGCUGUCGGACAUGGUGCCCACCUGCAGCGCGCUGGCCCGCAAGCCGGACAAGCUGACCAUCCUGCGCAUGGCCGUGUCGCACAUGAAGUCCAUGCGGGGCACCGGCAACAAGUCCACGGACGGCGCCUACAAGCCCUCCUUCCUCACCGAGCAGGAGCUGAAGCAUCUCAUCCUGGAGGCGGCCGACGGGUUCCUGUUUGUGGUGGCGGCCGAGACGGGGCGUGUGAUCUACGUGUCCGACUCGGUCACCCCCGUGCUGAACCAGCCGCAGUCGGAGUGGUUCGGGAGCACCCUGUACGAGCAGGUGCACCCCGACGACGUGGAGAAGCUGAGGGAGCAGCUGUGCACCUCCGAGAACUCCAUGACAGGCCGCAUCCUGGACCUGAAGACGGGGACGGUCAAGAAGGAGGGGCAGCAGUCGUCCAUGCGGAUGUGCAUGGGCUCGCGGAGGUCCUUCAUCUGCAGGAUGAGGUGCGGGAACGCGCCGCUGGACCACCUCCCUCUCAGCAGGAUAACCACCAUGAGGAAGCGGUUCAGGAACGGCCUUGGGCCGGUGAAGGAAGGGGAAGCCCAGUACGCCGUGGUCCACUGCACCGGCUACAUCAAGGCCUGGCCCCCCGCAGGUAAGACCAUACCCGAGGACGGACGCCGCCGUGGGGCCGAGCGGGGCGCGCGGGACAUGCUGCCCAUGCCCGGAGACCCGGCCCAGGGCGCGGGGAGCUACAACAUCGAGGACUUCGCCGACCUGGGCAUGUUCCCGCCGUUUUCCGAGUAG